CUUCCUAAAACAAAACUACUGGUGAGAUAAGAGGAAAGUGGGAGAUGUGGCAGCAUUCCUACCACAUCUGAUUUCUGUAGAAAACAAAAAGCUAUUCAACCAGAUGGUAUUCAUUUUCAUCAAAGAGAAAGGGGAUCUGAAAUUCUUUCUUGUUCAAGCUGCCGGCGUCAAUCUGAGAUGAUGAAUCAAUUCGAUGGGUAUUUGAAGUUUUCUGUUGCCUGUAAGGACUUCGCCCAACAGCAACAGCAAAAAUGGUUUUCUGUGGCUCUCGUUUGAUGUGAAUCGAUUCCGAUUUCACAAGAGGUGGUACAAUUUGGGGUCUGUUGAUUGAAGAAGAACUGGUGUUGUUGAUUGAAGAAGAACUGGUGUUGUUCGAUGAUUCAAAUUAGGGUUGCUGCCACCGAUUCGUGGUUGUGUACGAGAAGUGUAAGUAACAGAUUUUGGCGGUUCUCGUGGCAAACUGAAGUUGGAUUUUAACGGAGGUUCGAUUUGGUUUGAAUUCAAUUGAAGAAAGUUGAGACAGGUCAUUGAAAAGGCAUCUACAUAUGGGGUAUUCAUUGUCUGCCUUUGAUGGCGGAAAUCGAUGAUUCCAGUGGUGUUUUUCUUGAUUUAUUGGAAGUAUUGGAAGGACUGAAUUCAAGCCAAAAUUCAGUGAGAAGAGCAAGGAAAUAAUUGGUGGUGUAUUGAACCUGCUAGUUUCAAGAGAAGAAAAGAAAGCUUGUGGAGUUGGUGAUACAAGCUGAAUGGGGUUGUGAAGACUGUCACUGGAACCGCAUCUUUGAGCAAGCUUUUAAUGGGUGGUGUUCUGUGAUACAAGCUUGGAUCUUUUUGGCUGUGAAAACGGAGAACGAGAUUGCAGUCAACUGAUGAUGGUGGUAUGCAGCUGUGUAAUCAUCUGAAACUGAGUUCGAUUAAGGGUUAAAUGAUUUGAUUGCAACCAAUUUAGGCAGGUCCGUUGCAGGCAGCUGGAUUAGUGUUGCUAGUGAUGACUUGUAGUCUGCUAUGGUUCGAUUUGAACUGAAAUACAAGGGAAAUGAGAAGCAACUGGCAGUAAACAAAGUUAACCAUGAGUUUGGUGAUUGUGUACAGAUUUCAGAUGAUAAGGUUUUGAGAGUUGACACCAGUGGAGUCUUCAUGGAUUUAUACAAAUCGAAAGGCGUUGUUGCUGCCUGUGAUAAGAACAACUGAUAGAGAGGAAAUGUUAGCAAGCUGUGGUGGUGCUUCCAAAUAACUAACAGCUGCAUCAACUCUCGAAGACAAGAAGGGUGUUGUGGCCGGACUAGGCAUUGGCCGGGAGUUGGAGUUUAUUUUGCUGCCUGGAUUGGGCCUGGCAACUACAACUGGGUCCAUAUUAGAUUUUCUACAGCACAUAUAUAUACUGAGAGAAACAGAUUUGAGGAGAUACGCUGUUUACAGGGAAGAAACCAGGUACCUUAGUUUGAAGAACGCAGUUGGAAUUUCUCCAAAACAGGCAGAAAAGUAAGUAUCUGAAAUCCUCGCGAAGCUUUGCAAGGUGAGUUUGAACUGAAUUCUGCAUUUGGUUAGCUUAUGCAAGAUCUACCAAGUAGUUGGGAUAGAGAAAAAUUGUUCGUCUUGUUAAAGUACCCCUUUAUACAUGAAGAACAGAUGAUGAGGGUACGAACCCUCCGGUUAAAAGUUUGAGAGACUAUAUGUACCUUACUAGAGUCUCUCAACUUUCAUGUAUUAUUUUUCCUACCACCACAGCGACCUAUGAGAUUAGAGCAAGCACCAUUCAGUCACUUCCUAAUUUCUACGGUAAGGAGAAUGAAAAUCCUUACUACCACAUUAGAGAUUUUGAAGAAUUGUGUGGUACAAUGAAGUUAAGGACUUACCUGAUGAGUUUUUUAAACUUAGGUUGUUUCCCUUGUCUUUGAAGGAUAAGGAAAAAUCUUGGCUGAAUGCAUUAUCUCCUUCAUCCAUUAGUACUUGGAAUGACAUGAUUAAUAUAUUCUUGCAUAAAUUCUUUCCUAGGCAUAAAACUACUGCCAUUCGUCAAAAACUAUAUAGUUUUUCGCAACAAGAAGGAGAAUCUCUUUAUGAUUAUCUAGAGAGGUUCCAUGAUCUCUUGUUACAAUGUCCACACCAUGGAUUGUAUACUCCUAGGCUCAUAUUGAUCCUUUAUGAGGGAUUAGAUUUCAAAACAGUGACUACGGUAGAAUCAGUUUGUGAUGGGAAUUUCCUUGAUAAGAGUGCCGAAGAAGGUUAGAAAUUUUUGCAUGAAAUAGCUGGAAAAAUCCAAGAGUGGGAGGCUAGAAAACCCAUAAAAUCAAUAGCUAGUAGUGAAGGGGUUCACAGAGUUGACAAUGAAUUCGACUAUGAGGCCAAAUUUUCUGUUUUGACACGAAGACUUGAGUCGUUGGAAAGAAAUGCUAAAGUCAAGCCUCUUGAGUGUAUUAUGCAUGCAUCUUCUAUUCCUAAUGAUUGUACUAACCAAAGAAUUCCUAGUUUGGAAUAAAGUAUGAGUUUGUUUAUGCAGGCUACUCAAAGAUCUAUGGCAAACUUUCAACAACAACUAAAUGAGCUAGCCAGCCAACUGAAUGAGCGAGACAAGGGUCAGUUCCCGAGUCAAAUACAACCUCACCCUAAAGGUUCUUUUGAGGAAGGCACAUCUGGUGCUAAGCAAACUCAUCGUGUCCAGGCCGCUACUACUCUCAGAAGUGGACGAGUCAUUGACAAUCAUGUUAGUGAUCUCGAGGAGAAAGAGCAAGAUAGGAAGCCGCCUACCAUCACACAGGUUACUCCUUCAACACAUAAAGAAACCGCUGAAACCGAAAAAGGUAAUUCUGAUAUUUCAUAUGUUCCUCGUGCUCCUUUUCCUCAAGCGUUACUACCUCGUAAGAAGGGAGCUACCCCUAAUGACAUCCUAGAAGUGUUUAAACAGGUUAAAGUCAACAUUCCCCUCUUAGAUGCCAUUAAACAAAUUCCUUCUUAUGAUAAGUUUCUAAGAGAUAUGUGCACUACGAAGCGAAAAUUGAAUGUACAUAAGAAAGCUUUCCUUACUGAACAGGUAAGCUCGAUUAUUACACAGAAAACUCCACCCAAAUUUAAGGAUCCAGGUUGUCCUACGAUUGCUUGCACUAUAGGAGAACAUAGGAUCGAACAUGCAUUGUUAGAUUUAGGGGCCAGUGUGAAUCUCUUGCCAUACUCUGUGUAUGUGCAAUUAGAACUUGGUGAUUUGAAAUCCACUAGUGUUACUCUCCAAUUGGCUGAUAGGUCCAUUAAAAUUCCUAGGGAAGUGGUAGAGGAUGUUCUUAUACACGUUGAAAGUUUUGUUUAUCCUGUUGAUUUUAUUGUUUUGGAUACUCAACCUGUUUCUAAUCCUAGUGGGAAGAUUCCUGUCAUCUUGGGUAGACCUUCUUGGCUACCUCGAAUGCGGUUAUCAAUUGUCAAAAUGGAAUCAUGGAGCUUACUUUUGGAAAUACGAAAAUGGAGACAAAUGUGUGUAGCCUUUCAAAUUCAUCUCAGAUUUCUGAAACUUGUGAACAUGUUUACAUGGUUGAUAGUGUGAAUGAUUGUACUUGUUGUUACAAUGAGAAUCUCGGAAACAUGCCUCGAAACAUUGCAGGUUGUAGGGAAGUCACUAAAACUGAAUUAUCAGAUAUGUGCUUAUUUUAUUCUGUCAAUUCAGAUAAUCCUGUUUUUCGCGAGAUUGCUGCACACCCUUGUUUCGUUGUUCCACCUAAUUGUUUUCAAGAUGCUUAUUUAGGUGUUGAACAUAUGGAUACUGGUAAGGUAAUUCACAGUUACAAAUCUGUUUGCUUAUCUCCUUUUGCCAACUCCUGUGGAUCUGAUGCAUAUUGAUAUUACUAAUGCAAUACGUCCACCAACUUCUAGUGAAUCCACUGAAAAUAUUUCAGCUGAUUUAAUACCCAAUUUGGAGUCUCCGCCGAUAGUUGAAACUUGUAAACAUUCUGAACUUGUUGUUUAUGGGGAUGAGUUACUUAUGAAUUCACAUAUCUUUUCGGAUUUUUAUAGUGUUUGCAGGUUCAUGUUUCAGCUGACCUGAUUUGAUGGGUUGAUCCCCAACUUUUUAGACUUUAUAUAUAUACUUGGCAGGAUACUUUGGGAUGCCAUCUUCACCUUGUUUGAGAUUACUUGUUGCGUGCAAGCAGGGAACAAAUAUCAUUUGCUUCGUGGGAGUCAACCCAUCAGUUUUGUUCCCUUAUCCUCUAUUUUUGUUUGCCUAUUGCAUUUCGCAUUUUAGAAUUUCCCACCUGAACUCUACGUUGGAUGACUCAAUUACAUUGAGGACAAUGUAAAGUUUAAGUGUGGGAUAGUGGGUAACACUCAGAUUUUCAUAGGUUUCACUUUCGUAAAGAAUUCUCAAAAAUAAAUAAAUUGCACAACAUGACCCGCUUUUGAGCGGGUCUUAAAAAUUUUCUUUUGUAUAACAUGACCAACUGUUGAGCGGGUCAUUCUGAUUAUCAGUCUCGCUGUUUAGCAGACUUUUUUAAGCCACUGUUUAGUGGUUUCGUUUAGCUGUUCAACAGACUUCCCUAAACCACUGUUUAGUGGUUCGUCUCGCUGUUUAGCAGAGUCUCUCCAUAUCCAGCUGUGUAGCGGAUAUAAUUUGUUCUUGUUUUGCUCGGGACUAGAAAAAUGUAAAUGUGGGGAUUUGAUAAGCACGCAAGUGCGACACUUUUAUACCCAUAUUUAUACUAGCCAGGCCUCGAUAUUUCGUUAAUAACUAUAUUUUAAAGCUUUUACAUGAAUCACAAGUGCAAUCCAUUCACCCGGAGAAUAACUGGCUAAACGAGGAGCUAAACGGUGUUUGCGACUAUAAGCACAGAUGAGCUAACUUAAUUGGGUGAGCUGACUUCACAAACGCUCAUGCCAGUUGCGCCACAACCACCGAGCCAUCACGUUCCAGCCAAUCAGGUCUUCCUAAAACAAAACUACUGGUGAGAUAAGAGGAAAGUGGGAGAUGUGGCAGCAUUCCUACCACAUCUGAUUUCUGUAGAAAACAAAAGGCUAUUCAACCAGAUGGUAUUCAUUUUCAUCAAAGAGAAAGGGGAUCUGAAAUUCUUUCUUCUUCAAGCUGCCGGCGUCAACCUGAGAAGAUGAAUCAAUUAGAUGGGUAUUUGAAGUUUUCUGUUGCCUGUAAGGACUUCGCCCAACAGCAACAGCAAAAAUGGUUCUGUGUCUCUUGUUUGAUGUGAAUCGAUUCUGAUUUCACAAGAGGUGGUACAAUUUGGGGUCUGUUGAUUGAAGAAGAACUGGUGUUGUUCGAUGAUUCAAAUUAGGGCUGCUGCCACCGAUUCGUGGUUGUGUACGAGUAGUUUAAGCAACAGAUUUUGGGGGUUCUCGUGGCAAACUGAAGUUGGAUUUUAACGGAGGUUUGAUUUGGUUUGAAUUCAAUUGAAGAAAGUUGAGACAGGUCAUUGAAAAGGCAUCUACAGAUGGGGUAUUCAUUGUUUGUAUUGAUUUAUUUGAAGUAUUGGAAGGACUCGAUUCAAACCAAAAUUCAAUGAGAAGAGCAAGGAAAUAAUUGGUGGUGUAUUGAACCUGCUAGUUUCAAGAGAAGAAAAGAAAGCUUGUGGAGUUGGUGAUACAAGCUGAAUGGGGUUGUGAAGACUGUCACUGGCACCGCAUCUUUGAGCAAGCUUUUAAUGGGUGGUGUUCUGUGAUACAAGCUUGGAUCUUUUUGGUUGUUAAAACGGAGGACGAGAUUGCAGUCAACUGAUGAUGGUGGUAUGCAGCUGUGUAAUCAUCUGAAACUGAGUUCGAUUGAGGGUUAAAUGAUUUGAUUGCAACCAAUUUAAGCAAGUCCGUUGCAUGCAGCUGGAUUAGUGUUGCUGGUGAUGACUUGUAGUCUACUAUGGUUAGAUUUGAACUGAAAUACAAGGGAAAAUAGAGGCAACUGGCAGUAAACAAAGUUAACCAUGAGUUGGGUGAUUGUGUACAGAUUUUAGAUGAUAAGGUUUUGAGAGUUGACAGCAGUGGAGUCUUCAUGGAUCGAUACAAAUCCAAAGGCGUUGUUGCUGCAUGUGAUAAGAACAAUUGAUGGAGAGGAAAUGUUAACAAGCUGUGGUGGUGCUUCCAAAUAACUAACAGCUGCAUCAGCUCUCGAGGACAAGAAGGGUGUUGUGGUCGGACUAGGCAUUCAUUUUGCUACCUGGGUUGGGCCUGGCAACUACAGCUGGGUCCAUAUUAGAUUUUCUACAGAAUAUGUAUAUACUGAGCGAAACAGAUUUGAAACCGUUUUACAGGGAAGAAACUAGGUUUAAGCUUUUUUUCGCUUUGCUUAGCUUGUUAUCUCCUUUAUCAGUUUUCGUGGCUUUUGAGAAAAUCAUGAUUUGCUAAACUGUUGUUAGGGUAAAAGGAUGAAUUUGUAGGCUAGAUUAUUUGUGUUUAUGAACAAGAGUUUCUUUAAAUCAAAAGCUUAAUUUUAUGUUUGAGUA